AUGGGAGAAACGAAAGAAAUUGAAAGAUCAGUACAAAUGCGUUUAUAUGCAUUACAUAAACGUCAAUUUGUAGCUGUUUUUGUUCUCUUCUUUAUUUGUUUAUUUAUUACUAUUUUAAUUGGUAUUGCCGGUCCUUCUACAAUUCAUUCGACUGAUUAUGAAUUCAACAAUCAACAAAAACAAAUAUCUGGUCCUUAUGAAAUUAAAUCGGGUGAUCUUGAUAAAUUUUAUCAACGUCUUUGGUUAACUAUGAAAACAACAACUGAUAUCAAUGAUGAUUUUCAUCAAUCAGUCAAUGUCACUGUUAAUAUGAGUUAUCCGUCUUCGCCAGCUAAUAAACAAAGCUAUGAACGUCAACGAACCAUCCAUUGUCAAAAACAAGUUAGUAAUUUAAAAAAAAACGAUAAAGAGUUUCUAGAUAGAAAUAAUAGAAAUAGAUUAUGUCUAACACAUUGA